UAAAAAAUUGCACGUUCAGUGUUGAAACUAGCGUUGAGUUUUUCUGGUUCACCUGCAACAUCAUCAUCUUCUAUUCUUCUUCUCUUUCUCCUUCCUCGUGCUUACCGCAAUUCCCAAGGAAAAACCCAGAUACACACGUAGAAACACUCACUACAAACAUUAAACAAAAAAGCCAUGAAAACUUUGCUAAAUCCAGAACUUAUUCUCUCUCCAACAAACUCAAUUUUCCCCAUAAAAACCCGAAACUCCACUCACUUUGACCCUCGUGCAUUCCUCAAACUCCGCUUCGAUGAUCGCCACCAUUGGAUCGGGCGGAGGAAGCUUUCCACGACUGUGAAGGCUCUGUUGGACUCGACCACUGUUGAACAAUUCGGGAUUCCGGAGUUCGAUGUUCGGAACCCGUCGCUGUCGUCUUCGUAUCGAAGUUCGGCGUUGGCGAUGCCCAACCAAACGGUGUUGGACGCUCAAACUAGGGUAUGUACUGGCCCAACGCAGACUCGACCACUUGAUGAACAGCAAGCCUUCAAGGUGUUCGACACAAUUCUUAGAUCAGCUAGGGGAGAAAUUAAGGGUGAGGAAGAAGUUUCCAAAGCACAAAUGGGGGCAUUUUUUGCAGCGAUGACAAUACGUGCAAAUGCCUUUCCAGAGGCGACACAAUGGAGUGAAGGGGAAAUGCGUGCAAUGAAGACGUUCUGGCCACUUCUAGUUAGAGUGCUUCCACCUGAUGUAGUAUUUGUGGCUGACCCUGAAGGAAUGAUGAUGGGAUUGGGAAGUUCGAUUGGACCACAGUUUGUUGGCAAUGGCACUAGUGAAAUGAGAUUGGUUGGUGCUCUUAGGGAAGUGUUGGCCGGUGGUCAUCUUGGAUUUGAGGAAGUUCAAGGUGUGUUGAAGGAAGUUCUUCCCUUCCAAGAGGAGGGUGAAAAGCCUCAUGGAGCAAGUGAGGCUUUGCUUGCAGCGUUUUUAAUUGGUCAACGCAUGAAUCGGGAAACUGAUCGCGAGUUAAAAGCAUACUGCCUCGCAUUUGAUGAGGAAAUUGGGCCCCCUCCUAUUGCUGAUGUCAAAUCGUUGACCCAUUAUGGUGAACCUUAUGAUGGAAAUACACGCUUCUUCAGGAGUACAUUAUUUGUUGCUGCAGUUAGAGCUUGCUAUGGAGAAUCUUGCUUGCUUCAUGGUGUAGAUUGGAUGGCACCUAAGGGAGGUAUAACUGAAGAGCAGAUGUUGAAGUUUAUGGGAGCAAAUACUGCCUUAUCCCCAUUCAAGGCCAAGAAACUUCUCGAGGAUGAUGAAGUUGGUUUUGCUUAUGUAAGUCAGCGUGAAGCUCGCCCGUCUCUAUACUCUUUAAUUAGGAUAAGAGAGCACAUAAAGAAGCGCCCUCCACUUGCAACGACCGAAAAGGUUCAGCAAUAUAUAAAGGCAAGUGGUAAGGAAUCUAUUGUUGCUGGAUUUUAUCAUGGAGGUUACGAAGAGUCAUUGUUAAUGCUCAUGAAAAGAAGAGGUGUACAUUCUGGUUUGGUAGUGAAGGGAGAGGAAGGAGCCCUCUCAAUGACUACAAGAUUGCGAUCAGUUAGCAUGACAAGGGGACUUCCAGUGAAUUACUGUUCAGGGUUUCGUUCACUCGACAUUGCAUCCACAUCUGAACAUGGUGGAGUUACACGUAAAGGAUUUAGUCUUGAGGUCAAUGCUGGGGACUACGGUUUCCAACCCACAGACACACCAAGAACUGAUAGAUCCGUAAAGUUCUCCAGUGUUUUUCUCCUGUUGUCUCAAAGAACAUUGAGUUGGGUUUAGCAGCUCUCUGUGGAGAAAAAGGGCCAGCGUAUGAUCGAAUAGUUUUGAAUGCUGGAAUGGUGGAUCACUUGCUUGGUGCUGAAGGUGCAGAAGAUGUAUCUGCAGCCCUGGAUAGAGCCAGAGAGGCCAUUGACAGUGGUAAUGCACUGAAACGUCUCCUAAAUUAUAUCAAGCUCUCCCACGAAGUUAGUUGAAAUAGUUCCAGACAAGUAUAGCAAACAACAUAUUUUCGGACAAUGUCCCUGACACGUGAUGGAUUAAAGGGGAAGGGAAACAUAAACCCUUUCUCAGUUCCAGUUAAUGAGAAAAUUUUGGAGAGAAACAAGAGUUUAUUUGUGUUAUUAACCAAUAUUGAGAUUUUGGUUGCAUGUUUGUAUAACAUUGUACCACAUGCUUUGUAAGUAACAUACUAACGGUCCACAUUUGAAUUUUUUGUGCAUUAUUUUAUUAGAAGUGGAACUAUAGUAAUUUUCUCCAAAUUGCUAAUUUGUGAAUCUGAACCUGUAACCUGAAUAGAUUUGGGUGAAAUAAUACUUGUUGCUUGAAGAGGUUGAGAAUACUUUUAAA